AUGCCGCCCUCCGGGCUGCGGCUGCUGCCGCUGCUGCUGCCGCUGCUGUGGCUACUAGUGCUGACGCCUGGCCGGCCGGCCGCCGGACUGUCCACCUGCAAGACCAUCGACAUGGAACUGGUGAAGCGGAAGCGCAUCGAGGCCAUCCGCGGCCAGAUCCUGUCCAAGCUGCGGCUCGCCAGCCCCCCGAGCCAGGGGGAGGUGCCGCCCGGCCCGCUGCCCGAGGCUGUGCUGGCCCUUUACAACAGCACCCGCGACCGGGUGGCGGGGGAGAGCGCCGAGCCGGAGCCCGAGCCUGAGGCGGACUACUACGCCAAGGAGGUCACCCGCGUGCUAAUGGUGGAAAACAGCAACAAAAUCUAUGAGAAAAUCAAGAAAAGCCCGCACAGCAUAUAUAUGCUCUUCAACACGUCGGAGCUCCGAGAAGCAGUGCCUGAGCCCGUCUUGCUCUCCCGGGCAGAGUUGCGCCUGCUGAGGCUCAAGUUAAAAGUGGAGCAGCACGUGGAGCUGUACCAGAAAUACAGCAACGAUUCCUGGCGCUACCUCAGCAACCGGCUGCUGGCGCCCAGCGACACGCCAGAAUGGCUGUCCUUCGAUGUCACUGGAGUUGUGCGGCAGUGGCUGAGCCACGGAGGGGAAGUAGAGGGCUUUCGCCUCAGUGCCCACUGUUCGUGUGACAGCAAAGAUAACACACUGCAAGUGGACAUCAACGGGCUCCGUUCCAGCCGCCGAGGUGACCUGGCCACCAUUCACGGCAUGAACCGGCCCUUCCUGCUCCUCAUGGCCACCCCACUGGAGAGGGCCCAGCACCUUCACAGCUCCCGGCAGCGCCGGGCCCUGGACACCAACUACUGCUUCAGCUCCACCGAGAAGAACUGCUGCGUGCGGCAGCUCUAUAUCGACUUCCGGAAGGAUCUGGGCUGGAAGUGGAUCCACGAGCCCAAGGGCUACCACGCCAACUUCUGCCUGGGGCCCUGCCCCUACAUUUGGAGCCUGGACACGCAGUACAGCAAGGUCCUGGCCCUGUACAACCAGCACAACCCGGGCGCGUCGGCGGCGCCGUGCUGCGUGCCUCAGGCGCUGGAGCCGCUGCCCAUCGUGUACUACGUGGGCCGCAAGCCCAAGGUGGAGCAGCUGUCCAACAUGAUCGUGCGCUCCUGCAAGUGCAGCUGAGGCCCCGCCCCGCCCGGCAGGCCCCGCCCACCGGCAGGCCCGGCCCCGCCCCCGCCCGCUGCGCCGGGCUGUAUUUUAGGGCACCCCGCCCCCCCCCCCCCCCCCCCCCCCCCCGCCCCUGGGGUCCAUUAAAGGUGGAUAGAGG